UAGCAACAAACGCAUCAUUUUCGCGCACCUGUGGGAAAGCGCGCCAAUUUUCCGCGAUCGUGUUGCGACGUCGCAAUCGAAGCCUUUUUUCGUGUGGGUGUACUUCUUCGCACGCUUCUCUCCGCGCUUUUUGCCCGCGGCUUACACAUGUUAAGUUGUGCUUUUCACUGCAUUGUCUAGACGACAAUACAUUAUAAUGGAUUGCCGAGCUGUGUUGCUAUUUGGGCUGGCUGUCCUCUUUGUGUUGGUCGUGACACAAGUUGAUGGACGCAGCAAAAAGGUGGUGAUCCACGUACCGUACAAGGUGAAGAAGAUAAAGCACAUUCACACCGUAUACAAGACGGUGCACCAUCACCAUGUCGAUCACGCUCCUUUGGAGGAACACGAGCAUUUCCACCACAUGCACAUACACGAUGAGCCGCCCGCUGGUCAGCACAGUCACCCAGUUCCUGGUAUCGGCAUCCCUGAAUUCCUGCCCGACGUACCUGACGUUCCUAUGGAAAUUCCUGAUGUACCACAUGACAUAUCAGUUCUGCCCAAUCGGCACAUCAUCCCGCUUUACAGAAGAAAGAAUUGAUGGAAAACAAACAAACGAGGAAGAAAGUCUGGAAUGUUCGAAGCCAUAUAAGUUAGUUAACUUAUUGAGAACGUAUCGAGAGUACACAAGUUUCUUUUGU